AAUGACACAACAACGCUAACCGUCAACGUGUUGAAUGUUGACGACCAAGCUCCAGUGUUUGUAGGAUGCAACACUACCAGAUGCCAAGACAUGGAAUACACCUCAUCAAUACUGGAGAAAACAUCAAGAGCAACACCAUUAGAGUUCUUUCCAAACCAAAUCAUGGUUGUCAAUAGUUCUGGAGGAACAGUAGAUCCCCAAUCUGUAAUAUUCUCUUUCACAGGAGGGGAACCUCCAGCGUAUUCAACUUUCUUUUCAAUCAACCCAUCUACUGGUGAUGUAAUGCUUGUCCAGCAGGUUCGUCGAACAGAGUAUGCUGUCUUUGUCUUGAAUGUCACAGCUACCAAAGGUGUGAGCAGCACUACAGCCACAUUGAGGAUCGAGAUUAUACCCAUCAAUGAGGCCCCGCCUUACUUUCAGAGUCAGACUCUGAUUGGUUAUAUUUCUGAGAAUGUAGUACCCGGAACUCAGGUAACCAGCGACAGGGACGGAACUGUGCCUCUGCUCAUCCAAGCUUUUGAUCCAGACCUGGACCAGGAUGAAGAUUCCACUCUCAACUACCUGCUGAGGGACAACUCCAUUUUUACCACAAACCUUGCCCCAGGAAAUGGAGUGUAUCUUGCAUACAGUGGUGUACCUGAUCUGGAUGCGGAAACACAAGACAGCCACAAUGUCUCGAUCGUAGCAAGGCCAAGCAACGAAUCUGGGCAAUUUGAUCCUUCUCAGCAGUUACCAACCCUGUUUGUCACAGUACUGGUCAAGGAUCUGAACGAAGACCCACCACAAUUUCACCGAAAUCAGUUCUAUAAUUCCCAGACUGACAGAUAUACCGUCAAUCUCAAGGACAAUGCUGUGGUCAAUACUGAAGUCAUCUCAAUUCCAGUCAUUGAUCCUGAUGCAACAUCCCUGCCACCAAUUGUCGAUCAUGAAUUUGUAUCCUCGCAAGCAAGCUCAUUGUUCUCGGUGGUAACGGAGGGGAAUAAUGUCGUCAUCCGUCUGGUCUCUGCUGGGUCUUUGAUUGCAGACAGAGAGUAUAUCAUCCGGCUUCAUGCCACGGACAGGCAGGAUGCGAAUAAACGAUCUACUGCAUCCGUUUAUAUCAACAUCAUCUUAGGAGUAAAUAACAGACCACCAGAGUUUAGUCAAACAACAUACCCAACCAGUGCUAACGAAAAUCUACCUUAUAACGCUCUCGUCGCUACAAUUCAAGCUUCUGAUCCUGAUGGAGAGUUGAUAACAUACAGCAUCACAUCAGGGAACAUCAACAAUGCAUUCAUGACGACUGGUGGUGCUAGCAAUGGAGAAAUUCGGGUCCAGGGCUCCUUAGAUCGAGAAGUCCUUGAUACCUAUUCACUCAUCUUUGAAGCUUCUGAUGGGAAUUUAACAGCUUCUGUCAAUGUCCUCAUCACUAUAAAUGAUGUCAACGACGAGCCACCUGUCUUCACUGGCCAGGAUACGUUCUUGAUUGUUGAAGGCGUCAGCAAUGAAUUAGUUGGACAAAUAAUGGCCACUGACGCAGAUCAACCUGGCACAGCCAACUCUGCCAUCCGAUUCUUCUUCGUUCCCGACGUGCCUCAGUUCCGCAUCGAGCCCGCAACCGGCCGCAUCUUCACGAUAAUGGCUCUAGACCGGGAGCAACAGGAUGUUUACAUGGUGACUGUUGUGGCCACUGAUACGACUUCUGAUCCCCUCGAAGCCAGCAUUCCGAUCACGAUCAUCGUGCAGGAUACCAACGAUAACCGGCCAAUUUUUGAGACUGAUGAAUACAUCAUUGAGGUGCCAGAGGAGUCUCUUCUGCAAGGAUUUUAUGCAAUUCAGGCAUUGGAUAGGGACAGUGACGCCCCUCUUCUCUAUGAAAUCACCCUUGGGGACACCAACAUCUUCAGCAUAGAUCCCGUGACUGGAAACCUCUCCCUCAUUAUCCCGCUGGACUUUGAGAAUGGGGCUAGGUCAUUCUUUCUGCAGGUGACCGUCACAGACGUCGAUGUCAAUGGUGAAAAUUUGACCGAUGUCACCAAUGUUACAAUUUUAGUUACGGAUGUGAAUGACAACGUUCCAGAGUUUGAACAGCCUCGUUAUGAUGUCAUCGCUCUACGAGAGUACCAAAUAGGAGAUAUAGUCCUUGCAAACAUUACUGUCAUAGACGAAGAUCUUGAAAAUACACCUAAUUCACAGUUAACCUUCCGACUUGAACCACCAUCACAGUUAUUUGAAUUCAUAGACCCAACCCAAGGAAAUCUUUACGUCACAGGUGAUAUUAGCAAUACAUCAAUGUGGCAUAAUUUGACGAUAGUAGUUAGUGAUAAUGGUGAUCCAGCCAACAUAGCAACAGUUCCUCUCUCAAUCCUUCUCAGAGUGGAAAAACCUAUAUUUUCACAAAAUGUCAUUAUUGUGGAUGAUGUGAUGGAGGAAGAGGAACCUGGUGCACUAGUGGCUGUCAUCGAAGCCCAGGCCAAUGUUGGAGAUGUCAUUGUAUACACCAUAGUCAACUCAACUGACCCUAGUGCCUUCACGAUGAAUGCAAGUAACAACGUGGCUACGAUCUACACCGCCAAGACUCUGGACCGUGAGCAGGUGAACAACUACUCUAUCAAGGUCCAGGCCGACAUACAGGGGGCUGAGCCUGAUGAAAACACCCUACCGGAGGAGACCAACAGGAGACGGAAGCGCCAAGCAGAGAACUCUGAAGUAGCGGAGCCUUCGGAACCCAACGUUGUCUAUAUCUACGUCAAUGUUGCUGACAUCAAUGAUAACGGACCUUACUUUCCAAAGACAAAUUAUUAUGCUGGAGUCUCCACUGUAGCCAGGGUUGGGACACAAGUCAUUCAAGUCGAGGCCUUUGAUGAUGACGAGGGAGAGUACGCUAUAUCGAAUCAUUCCAUCGUUCCUACGGAAGAAGGAAAAUGGUUGUUCAGGAUAGACCAAAGGACAGGCAUGAUCGUUACCAACCAGAGUCUUGAGGGAGAAGCCGCUGGGAGCCAAUUUGAAUACGUUGUCACUGCCGAUGAUCCAAGCAAUAGCUUCCAAACAAAUACGACGAUGCUCAAGAUAUCUUUGAUCGACAACUCUCAUCGUGCCAUCUUGGCGGGUGAUAUCGAUCCAGACGUCAUGAGAGAGAACCAGAACGCUCUUAGUGAAAUCCUAUCAGACGUCCUCAACGCAGACGUGACCAUCGAGUAUGUGAGCCCAAGAGAGGUCGAGAACAGUCUGGACACAACGGGAUCAGACGUUCUCUUCUAUGCCUUGGACGCUGAAGGGAACCCCAUACCGGGGAAAAACAUGGUUGAAAUCUUGCGUUCGCAAAAUACCUCACUCAACGAGCGUUAUUCCUCCAUCGUGGGUAAUAAGACCAUCACUGAUAUCAGGACACCCACCGGUACAAGCACGGGCCCUGGUGUCUUCCCUGGCUCCAGUGGACCUACGGUGGAAGCCAUCGCUCUUAUAUGCCUCGCUUGUGUGCUGUUCGUCUGUGUGGUCAUAGCCAUAGGUGUGGUCAUCAUAUCGUGGAAGAAACGAGAAAUGGAGAAGGAGAAGGCAGGCCGAAUGUAUCUCCCAGCAAUGUAUAACACCUUCAAUCCGUAUGGAAAUGGGGAAGACUUAGAAAUAUCAAAUCCUGUAUAUUAUGAUGAUCAGUCAAUUCAAGCUGAGAAACCAGGAGGAGGACGAUUCAAAAAGCAAAAGAAUUCCAAGGGUUCGAAGAAAAGCGGUGAUGAUAUGUUUCCAAAUGGUACUCCCAGCUUCCUAGCCAGUGAUCAGCUUGAUGGGCAGUUUGACGGGGAAACACAGGAACGUACCCUUGAGUUUGGGCCUGAAGAUGAGGAAGCCCAAGCUGUAGCCGACAGCAUCCUAGCUGGAACCAGUACCAUGCCUGAAGAUAAUCUCAUGAGAUCUAUGACAGCCACUCUACCCGGCAGUGCUGAUCUUGAAUCCUCCCCGUCCUACAGCAACCAAGGAACCCUCCCGGCCUACUCCAGGACUGAUGAACUCCCCUCAACCUUCUUCACCCCCGGGACCGGGUACACGAACCACGCCCUCUCUGUCGAUGAUGAACCAGACCUCAAGAGGGAGCUCUCCUCCUCUCCGUACAUGACCAAGUCUAAUCCCUUAAUGGGAAGGGAUGAGGACAAGUCCUACACACAAUCUGAGGCUUCAUCUAACCCAUCUAAGUCAACCUCCCCAUCAGGAAGCUUUGACCCUCGCAAGCCAUACCCUAGCAGUCUCGCCGAUUCCUACACCAACGAAGUCCACCUCCUACGAAUGGGACGGGCAGACUCCCGACCAGGCUCCAUCGACAGUGGACACCAGUCUCUAGAUCGCAGGGCCAAGACGGGUAGUGCAUCCGGGACUCCCAUCAAAGUGCCCCCUCCGGUUGCCCCAAAGAUCGCCACUCCAAGUGCCUUCGGGAACAUCCCUCCAAACAGCGAUGAGGAGAAUGUCAGUGAUGAGAUCCUGAACGGAAUGCAAGACGACCUGUCCAUCCCGCCCGUCCCAGCGUCUGAGAUCUCCUCCUACUCCUACACUAACUCGCCAUCCAGUACACCCCCGAACCCCAAGAGGGCAGCACCCAUGCUUGCUCCACAUGGUGUGAAUCAUGCAGACAUUGAUGUUUCGGGGAUUUCUGGAACGAGCGGAUCCCAAGAGAAUGAUCUUUCGUCUGAGCAUUGGGAAGCCAGUGAUGUCAUGACAACAAUUUUAUAAAAAAAGCCAAAUGUUCUAGUUGUUACCUGUCAAAUAUGCUGCACGUUCAUGGGGAAAUGCUCUUUUAACAGAAUCCUUGAAAUGCAGCAAUUCAAAAGAUCUAAUCUUAAUACAUUCUAAGCAACUCUGGAUAAAGUUGGCUCUUUAUUUGCUGAAACGGAGGCCCUGAUGAUUAAAGGACAUUGGUCAGAGUGCCUGAAAAUUAGUUUAUUUCUUUGUAGAGUACAUGACACAUGAUGACCUAAAUAGGACAAUAGUUCUCACUAAUAUUCAUGAUUGAAAAUCCACAGUUGCAAAUAUUGGCACCACUGCAUAUACCUCAAUCGAGAGAUUGGAGACUAGUCGCCAGUCGCAAAUAUUGUUAUUCAUGAAAUAUUAGCACGAUCGCAUGACUUGGCAUUAUCCUUGCCAACAUUGGCACACUACACACUUACAAUAUGGACAACUCUGCAUAUUUUGUGGUGAAUAUUGACACAGGGUCGUCAACAAUUAUAGUUAUUUUUGCAAUGUUGCAAAUACACAUGUUUGUGAACUCUGAUAAGACUUUCCUCAUUCACAUCCAAACUUCAGGGGAGCUUUUCAUCAACAUUUUUGUCCGAAAAGUCGUCAGAUCUUACAACUUUCCUUGAUUCUGAUUGGCUGAGAAGCACUG